GGAGCUUCUUAUCGAAUUAUACAGUACAUUAAAAUAAAUAUCAAGUUGGAGCGUGACUGCGUUGUAUGCGACGCUGUGGUAGCCAAGCCUUUGUGUAAGAUCGGUGCUAUUGGAUGCCACUGUGAAGCACGAGGUGUUUGCAUUCGAAGAAUCGAGGAGAUGCACACUCUAUUCUGUCAGCCCCCAGCUUCUUCAUUUUCAUGUGCUUACUCGCAGAGGAUCUGCAGCACAAGUGGCAGGACACUCUGUCCGCAGAAGCUGUCACGGGGCAGGCUUAACCAUCUGGUUGCGAGGGCCUCAGAACAAUUUGAGACAGGACUUGAUGCACCAGCUCUCACAGAUUACCUCGACGGGCAGAUGUCGCAACUGCAGCGAACCUUUGCUGAAUUGGAACGGGAGAUGGAUGCAGAUAUGAGCAGGGUAAAUGAGCGAGCCCGGCAGCUGCAAGAGAGGGGACAGGCACGCAUGUAUACUGAGAGGCAGAAUGGAGCACAGACAUACAGGAACGAGCAGCAGUGGGAAGAGCAGCUGCCGGGCGGCUGGAGGAAGGGCUACCGCUCAGAGUCAAUCACCUAUUUUGGCUCGCCCCCGGCAGCUGCCCCGCAGCUGCAGAGCACGGGUCUGACUGGCCUGGGUGGCAAUGUGGCACUUUUAGCAGUCGCCACAGUGGUCGGCGCGUAUGCUGCAGUUGCUGCUGCACUGCUGCGCAGCUACAAGCACACCAGGUACUCUGCAUCCAAGGCCUGGCUGGUGGUGGCGGUGUGGCCUGUGCUGGCGCUCUUCUCUGACCGCUUCCGACAGGAAAUUGCUACCGCUCUGCACCAGCAAGGGGAUGGCAGCAACGAUGACAGCUUUGUAUCGUGA